AUGAGCGGCCGAGUUGGAGACCUGAGUCCCCGGCAGCAGGAGGUGCUGGCCAAGUUCCGAGAGAACCUUCAGGACCUGCUGCCCACCCUGCCCAAGCCAGAUGACUACUUCCUUCUGCGCUGGCUCCGAGCAAGGAACUUUGACCUGCAGAAAGCUGAGGACAUGCUCCGCCAGCACGCCGAGUACCGGAAGCAACAGGACCUGGACCACAUCCUUACAUGGCAGCCCCCAGAGGUGAUCCAGCUGUAUGACUCCGGGGGCCUGUGUGGCUACGACUACGAAGGCUGCCCCGUAUGGUUUGACAUCAUCGGGAACCUGGAUUCCAAGGGCCUCUUAUUAUCAGCUUCCAAGCAGGAGAUGAUCAAGAAGCGCAUCAAGGCCUGUGAGAUCCUUCUGCGCGAGUGUGAGCUGCAGAGCGAGAAGCUGGGCAGGAAGAUCGAGACAGUGGUGAUGGUGUUUGACAUGGAAGGCCUAGGCCUGAGACAUCUGUGGAAGCCAGCUGUGGAGGUCUACCAGCAGUUUUUUGCCACAUUGGAAGCAAAUUACCCCGAGACACUGAAGAAUUUAAUUGCUGUUCGAACCCCCAAGCUGUUCCCGGUGGCCUUCAACCUGGUCAAGUCAUUCAUGAGUGAGGACACGCGCAAGAAGAUAGUGAUUCUAGGAGCCAACUGGAAGGAGGACCUACAGAAGUUCAUCAGCCCCGAUCAGCUGCCUGCAGAGUUUGGGGGGACGAUGACUGACCCCGAUGGGAACCCCAAGUGCCUGACCAAGAUCCAGUACGGAGGCUUCGUGCCCAAGAGAUUCUAUCAGCGCAACCAGGUGAAGAUGCAGUACGAUCACACGGAGUCUGUGGGCCGAGGCUCCUCCCUGCAGGUGGAGAACGAGAUCCUGUUCCCGGGCUGUGUGCUCAGGUGGCAGUUUGCAUCAGAAGGAGGUGACAUCGGCUUUGGGGUUUUCUUGAAGACCAAGAUAGGAGAGCGGCAGCGGGCAGGCGAGAUGACGGAGGUGCUGGGCAGCGAACGCUACAACGCCCACAUGGUGCCCGAGGACGGGAGCCUCACGUGCGUCAAGGCGGGUGUCUAUGUCCUGCGCUUUGACAACACCUACAGUCUGAUGCAUGCCAAGAAGGUCAGUUAUACUGUGGAGGUGCUGCUCCCUGACAAGGCCUCUGAGGAACAGCUCCAGGAUGUUGGGGCGGUGGGGUCCCCCACAAAGUAG